AUGGACGACGAUUAUGAGUUCGACUCAGCACCGCCAGAAGAAGUGGGAUAUCUCUGGGAGCUGCGCGCUCUGAACGCCCUCCGUUUCUCUUCACAGGUUUGCGCCGUCUGGCGCGCCAUUAUUCUCAAAUCAUCCACAUUGUGGGCGAGCGUCCUCGACUUAGAAUGUCUUAAUCAGAUCAACGAGGAUUGGAGAAACGAAGUCCUCAGAAGAACCGGGCAAGCCCUCCUUUCCUUGAGGGGCCUCAUUGACGGGGAGAACGAGAAAAUUCGCUCCUGGUUCUCAUCGGUCGUCGCAGAAAAUUGGGAUAGAAUUCAACAACUCGACGUCACCUUGUCCCCGGCUACCGACCACAACUGCCAGGCCGUGUCCUGGAUGUUUCUUGUUCAACCAAGCAAAUACCUUCGUAGAUUUUGCUUAAAUAUUCGACCACCGACUAGCACCGCCAUUUGCACCCAGGGCAUCACAUACCCUCUUCAGGGCCCAUGGCUAUCUCAGCUCCGUCAACUAAGCUUAUCGCAGCCCAACCCUCGAUCCAUCCCCUCUACCUAUCAUCUUCUCGACAUCCUACGUACGAUGCCAUUGCUGGAAUCACUCCAACUCACGAUCCGAGAAAAUCUCCUGAGUUUUUACAUCCUCCUCCACUGUAUCCAUCCUGGAGAUGGCUGCUGCCUUUUCGUGGAGGCUGCUGACGACUCGCAAGGCACUAUACCCUUCGACGGUCUCGAAAAUAUGCAAGAUUUAAUGUUUAUGUGGUCUAGUGGAUAUUUCAAAGUGCAUCCACCGAAAGCACUGCGGAUCCACAUGAAGCAACUAGAGUACAGAAUUAUUGAGCUUCCUUUCCACCCCGCUGGUCCACAAACCCGUUUCUACUCAUCCUUCCGACCUGCCGCCACGGAGCAUGCACGCGCUCUUCAUCAUUUCGCGAGCCUUGAUCAGAGCUUCUUCCAGUCACUUACAUAUCUCGACAUCGAAGCGAGCCCCGACAACGCGAACGAUUCGGUCUUUCGUUUCUUGUUUGACCUCGAUGGGCUGGAGGUGUCAUCGAUGCCGUUCAGCACCCUUCAAUUCCUCUCAAGCCAUCUCCCCCCUCGAGACAAGGACUAUAUCACUCUUCCUUCCUUGCAAACACUUACAGUCCGAAAUAUUAAGCAGGAAGUUCCAAACCUCGGUGCGGACGCGUUUAAUGUGGCUAGCCCAUUCACCAAGUUUCUCACCUGGCGGCAGGGUGAGGUGCCGCUCAAAAAUUUAGACCUCACGGAGUGUGGGUCGGGCCUUCCGAACAUGGGCUUUUUGGACACGUUCACCGGAUUGAACGUCAUUUGGACUGGGCCUGGAAGGAAAGAAGAAUCAUAUAGCCAUUGGAUGACUUUCCCUGCAGAUAAACACAUAUCGAUAGAUCCACUUUUGAAAUUCGGCGCUUUUGAUAUUGUUUUAGUCGUGGAGAGCUUCAAAUUCUUCAAAGGUCCUGUUUAG